AAAAAGCUGCAUUAAAAAAAUUCGCAUUUCAAUAUAUUAUCAUUGAUGAAGCUCAUAGAAUCAAAAACGAAAACUCUAUGCUUUCUCAGAUAGUUAGGGUUUUCAAAUCAAGGAAUCGCUUGUUAAUCACUGGAACGCCGCUUCAAAACAAUCUUCACGAAUUAUGGGCACUUCUAAAUUUUCUUUUACCAGACGUUUUUAGUUCCUCUAAGGAUUUUGAUUCUUGGUUUAAUUCUCAAGGCGGCAAUCAAGACAAUUUACAAGCCCAAGACCGUGCUCAUCGUAUUGGACAAACCAAACAAGUAUAUGUUUUUAGAUUCGUUACUGAAAAAGCUAUUGAAGAAAAAGUUCUAGAAAGAGCUGCUCAAAAAUUGCGAUUAGAUCAACUUGUUAUUCAGCAAGGCCGAUUGACUCAAUCACAAAAAGGCGAAGAGAAGACGGCUGAACUUAGUAUGAAGUAUCAGAGUCUCGGAUUGGAUGAUUUACAAAACUUCACGUCUGAGUCGGCUUAUCAAUGGCAAGGGGAAGAUUGGAGUAAACGUAAAGCAAAUUAUGCCGUUGACUCAUAUUAUAGAGAAGCAUUACGGCUUACAGCCAAACCAACUCAGCCUAAAGGUGAGAAUGAAGAUGACAUAGAGGCCCGUGAAAGAGAGCGUCAAGAAGAACAGGCCAAGAUUGAUAAUGCUUCUGAAAUAGAAGGUAAAACUUUAGACGAAGUAAAGGCAUAUGCUAAAGUCUUUUGGCAGCGCUAUCAGGAAUUACCUAAAAUUAUUGCAAAGAUUGUCAAAGGCGAAAGUAAACUGCAACAGACAGUUGGUAUUCAGGAACUACUUAGAGCGAAGGUGGCACAAUAUCGAACACCUGGUCAUCAAUUGCAAGUAUCAAAUCAAGCAAAGGGAAAGACAUUAUUUUCGGAAGAAGAAGAUCGAUAUCUGUUAAUAGCACUCGCAAAAUACGGAUAUGGAACUGAGGAUGUGUAUGAGAAAAUACGGAAUGAAAUUGAAAAUGCUGAAGUGUUUAGGUUUAAUUGGUUUAUUAAGUCGAGGACCGCUGGAGAGAUUGCCCGACGUUGUACCACGCUUAUCAAUCUUAUACAAAAAGAACAUGGCGAAGAAGCAGCAGCACAACCUGUACAGGAAGAAAAGAAAUACCCCUGCCAAACGUGGUAG